UCGCCUCUGCGCGGCUACAUCGCGCAGAACCUGCAGUUCUACCUGAGCAAGUACAUCGAGGACAUCCAGCUGGAGGGGCUGGGGCUCUUCGGCGGGGACCUGGUGCUCAACGACCUCGAGAUCAAGCGCCACGUGCUGCGCGAGAGCCUCGAGAUCCCCUCGAGCUUCGACUUCUCGCGCGGCUUCAUCCGGGAGCUGCGCAUCCACAUCCCGUGGACGCAGCUGCUGUCGCAGCCCAUCGAGGUCAAGCUCUACACCAUCGAGCUC